UGAACAAAGUAGUUUAGUGGUCGGACGAAAUUUGUUUUAAGAUAUCCGGAAAAUCAUAGGCAUUCCUCUACAAAUCAACUCAAGUUUGCCAUUCUUUGUCAGAUAUUUUCACUGAAACACUCAUUGAUAAGGCGAAAAGGCCACGACGAGUUUUAUCUGAGGACCUCUUCACAGAUCUUGGUAACGAUUUUCGGAGUUAGGUCGUCCGCAUGCAGGAAACGUUCACGCGUUAAAACAAAAGUGAAGUGACACGCCCUGUGAGGUAAUGGAAGGCAUUAAAUCAGUCUGGGGGCGAGGCAACGAGAACAGUUUCUCGGGACAAGCUUAGAAGUGAACAAGCAGCAACAAGAAGAGCUCUCUUGGUCAAAUGGAGUUUAGAAUGCUACUUCUAUCCAUUGCUGUGUUUGUUAUGAUAACAAGGCCAUCUGGCGUUAGUUCAAGAACAAAAUUGCGUGGAAGCGGUCUGCAACCAAGGAGAUACAAAGUAACAAAGCCUUUUAAUCCCAGAGGAAGUUGUGACGGAAAUGUGGCUCCUACUCACAAGAGGUUGGUUCUACUCUGGAGUAAACUGAGAUUUCAUCUGACGGUUUUGUCAAAUGAAACAUUACAUGGGGUGAAUGACACAUAUUGUCAGCCAGCGAGGAGAUGUCUGUUUGAGCUACAGUCUUGCGGAACUAGCCUAAUAAGAAUAAAACAUGUAAAAACAGGAGUGUAUGUGGCUAUCAACAAAGCUGGAAAAGUUUAUACUACCAGGAAAAGUCACAAGUUGGAUACAAUGUUCGUCCAGGAACUUCUUCCCAAUAACUUUGUUGUAUUUUGGUCCGAAAGAACUUAUAAAAAAAUGAAAAGGACGAGGUAUCUUGCGCUAAAGAAAAAUGGGGCCAUAAAAAACGCUUCAAAGACUUCAUCAAAGCACAAGUCUGCACACUUUAUGGUUAUGUAUUGUACGCAAGCGACGACGCCAAAAUGCUGACCUAACCUAACAAGAAACAACGAGUGUGGCCUGGUAUUAAGCGAGCUUCGACUCCAAGCAAAGCGAAACCGUGACGUUAUCCCCUAGACCAUAUCUCGUGCCAGGUCCCCAUAUUUCCGCUAAAGAGGAAAAGCGGCCUGGGAAUGAAUAGGUACGCAAACAGAGAUUGGAGUAAAAUAUACAAACGGACAUUGUGCACAACUUUACGAUUUAUUUAUUGAACCAUUCUUGACAUUUUUCAGUACAAGACACCGCGUAAAAAAUACCAGUCAGUUUUUUUUUUUAGUCCACAUGCUUGUCACAUAUUUACACUAAAUAUCAAGAUAAACUAUUUAUUUGUUUAUAGGAUUUUAUGAAUAGCCUAAGAUUUUUUUAUGUAUUCAAAAUAGUUUAGAUAGCUAGUGAUGAGAAAUCCUUUUGAAUUGCAACAGAACCGGCUAUAUGCCAACAAUCUCAGACCAACCUCGUUCUCAGGGCCUUUUCCCCUUUCCCGCCCCACCCCCUAACUAAGGGAAAAGGCCCUGGGAACAAGGUUGAUCGCAGAUGCAGACCUAACUUCCAGAACAGGGGAACAAGACUGCGUUAAAAUUAUUUACCUCCCAAGAUCUGAUUAGUGAUUCUCAUAACCAGCAGCUCAAUAUUUCCUUAUAAAUUAGUGAAGAGAAUUUGGAGUUCUUUCUGUCCAAGUAAUGAUUUGACAUAAACUAGUCUAUACAGGGUUUGUAAACAAUUUUUUACAACGAAUAAGUUUGUGUCAUCCAUGGUAGAUUUAACUAAAAACAAUGACCAGUGAAAUGACAUGCGCGCGAAUCCAUCGCAACGCAAUUCACACUUUUUCACGCCGUGUUCAUAACGCAACGGCGUCCUCAAGAUUGUGCGCCUACCGUUGUGAAGGCCUCGCUUCCUCACUGUUAAAUCUCAUUACAAUUUCUCUUAAAUGACAUCUCAAACAUUCUUCAUUUGAGCCCUACGACACAACUGCUGCAAAAUAAUAUUUCUAUAGCACCUAUUCAAGCUUUUGAAACUGCAAUAAAGCCAGGGCUACUCCACUCUAGAUCACCUCGAGUUAAAACAUAUUCCAGCCACACUUACAGGUAGAUAAAAAUAGUCCAUCUGAAGUGCUUUUGCAAGCGUAACUAACCAAAAAUGAAUAAAAUUUGAAAAAA